AGACGAGGUGACUCAUAGAAGAAGCGGCUAACGUUCACUGCCGCUCGACUCGGCCGAGUCGCGCUUCGUCGUGCCACCGAGCCCGCGCCUCAACUCGGUGCCUCCCCCAGCCCUCGCCCUCCUCCCCCUUCGCGACUUCCUUCUCCAGUUCCAGCUACCGUUGCCUCCGCCCUCUGAUGGAGGCCGCCGGAUCCGCCUCUCCGGGGCCAGACCCCUUCGGCGCCGACUACGUCCAUGUCUCGAAAUCUUCCCCCGACGAGGCGUCGCUUCAGACGGAACGACCCGAGUCGCCCGACUUCGAUCUCUUCCCUGAGGCGGCGGAAGGGAUAUCAUCCGAGGUGGUGGAGCAGGACGCGAGCGGCCUGCAAUCGGGAGAUCAGGAGGGUUCGGCGACUGAGGAGAAGAGAGAGUUGCCGGAGAAUCUGGCGAAGGGCGUAGUGUUCCUUGAGUGCGAGUCGUCGGCCGAAGGUGGAUCCUGCGAUGUCUACCUUGUCGGCACCGCCCAUGUUUCUCAGGAGUCCUGCAAAGAAGUUCAAGCCAUCAUCAGUUGCUUGAAGCCUCAGGUUGUCUUCCUGGAGUUAUGUGCAAGCCGGGUUGCCAUUUUGGCACCGCAAAAUCUUCAGGUUCCGACUAUGAGUGAAAUGAUUGACAUGUGGAAGAAAAAGAAGAUGAAUACUUUUGGAAUUCUUUACAGCUGGUUUCUUGCCAAGGUUGCUCAUAAACUCGAAGUUCUUCCAGGUGCUGAGUUCCGAGUAGCAUAUGAAGAGGCAAUGAGUUAUGGAGGCAAAGUUAUCCUGGGUGACCGUCCUGUUCAUAUUACCUUGAAAAGAACUUGGGGGAAGAUGUCAUUAUGGGCUAGAACAAAAUUUUUGUACAGCAUACUCUUUCAAACACUAUGUUUACCGAGUACCAAAGAACUAAAUAAGAUGUUGGCGGACAUGGAUAAUGUUGACAUGCUGACUCUUGUAAUUCAAGAGAUGAGCAAGGCAUUCCCAACUCUAAUUGAUACUCUUCUUCAUGAGAGAGAUAUGUACAUGUCCUCUACAUUACUAAAUGUCGCGAGAGAACACUCAUCUGUUGUUGCAGUUGUUGGCAAAGGACAUUUAGCUGGAAUAAAGAAGAACUGGAAACAGCCCGUUGAGAUGAAGCAUCUACUGGAAAUCCCUGUGCGAAGUGCAGGACCAUCAAGAACAACAAUUUUGGUAUCUGUUGGUGUGGCAUUCACUGGAAUAGCUGCUGCCAUUUAUCUUCUCGCCAAGAGAUGAUGCUUCAAAAUUAAGAGAUUUUUUUUUGUUUUAGUUUUUUUUUUUUCAUUUUCAAUUUUAUUAUAAUUAAUUAUAGUUUCUGGUUGAAAUCAGAUUAAUUCUAUCUAAAAUCACUACAGCUUUUA